UCGCGACGGCCACUUGCAACUAGGGAGUGGUGCGCCGUAAAUAGUGAGUGCGCCAAAUAGUGAGUGCGAGUGAAUUGUGAAAUAGAAGGAUCACUGAACACAGCAGGAUUCGAAGGACGAAAAUAACGAUAUCAGAACAUUGUUGAGCACCUGCACCUCCACACAUACGAUCAAUCACGAACAAUAAUAACAACAACAAACAAUAACAACAGCAAAACGAAGAUAGUGGUGUUGAAGAGCAUCUAUAGAGAAAGAAAGAGAUAGAGAGUUUUGUGUAGGCGGAAAAGGAAGUCUCUUGUAGGUGGCGGUGCAAAGGGACGGCGAGAGAGGGAUGAUCCGAUGAACGAGGGAACAAACGUAUAUAUGCCGUCCAAAUUGUUUUCGCUUUCGCAGAAGCGUCGCGACGCCUCUUCGAGCGCGCCAUUUUAAAACGGCUCCGCCGCCGUCGCGAUGUCCGCUGAUCUUCAUCUCCUUGCACAUCUCAACGAUUGCGGAAGAUUGUUACCUGUUGGAUAAGCCGCAAACGCACGUUCCGCCGCCUCCGGUGCUGCUGGUUGCUGCUGCUGGUGCUGCUGCUGCUGCCGGCUGCUACUACUACUACUUGUUGCUCAUCGGACCCACCUAUAUCCGUCACUCACCACUUGUUCCGUCUAUGCGACAACCACCUGCAAACGCAUUCCUAAUACUCGCCGCUGCCGCCUCCGUCGACGCCGACGCCACUGCUUCUUCAUCGAAACGAGGCGAACAGUCAGCGGUAUAGAAACUCCACAUCGUCAUCAUCAUCAAAAUCGUCAGCAUCAUCUCGAUCUCAUCAUCGUAGCGGCGGACUUUCGAGGAACGGUCGACACGAUGCCGCGAUGUUACAUGGUGAAGAAGCAGAACAGCAACAAGUACCAACAGAUGGCAAGGGAAUGCUGGGCCGCCGACGUCACCGUCGUCGCAUCCUCCGCUUCCGGACCUCCGGACAGCCCGACCGAGGGUUGCGUCGCACCACCUUAUUACACGCCGCUCACGAGCAGAACGAGUUACCUGCAGGAGUGUCUGCAGAAAUCGCCUUCGUUGGAGGGAAUUUCGGGACAAUCUGGGGAUAUAAACGAGCAUGACGGUGGAAUACCUAUAUUCCGGGUGAGAAGCAUUGAGGAAACGGAGGCAGCUCAUGAUCUGCUCUCGCUCUCACAAAGUUUGCCACCGCUGCAAGCUCCAGGUGUGGUCACCAUCCACGAGAAUUUGCCGGACGACUCCAACUCUCAAUCCCAGUCCCCUUCGUACACCUGUCGUCCUCUCUCCCCCGAACCCAUCACCUUCCAGAGCAGUCUGCCUGCUUACCAACCACCAAUUGUAUACCUAGUUCAAGUUCCUGCUGCGCCGACCCCACCCACCUCCGAAUGUUCCUCCGACGCUGAGAACCUGCAAAUAUGUCUAACUGAUGAAUUUGUCGGCGGCCAAAUAACCCUGCAGCAAAACAACGAAGACAUUCUCAUUCUGCCGCUCUCUCCUGAACCCGAGAAUAGAAAUGAUCAUCAGGAUCGGCGUCCCGAAUCACCGGCGCGAUUGGAAGAACCCCAACCGCAGAAGCUAUCCGAAGAACCGACCAUCCUGCAACAACAUUUACAAACGGUGAUCGUAAGACCUCCGAUGGUGAAGAGCCCACCAGCUCCGAUCCAUCAACGCACCCCUCCGCCGAGGGAGCACAGUGUGAUCACUUCGACGACGGAUCUGAGUCCGAUUGUUGAGAGCAGGAGACUCAAACGCAGGAUCGCACACAAGGUUGUCAUCACCAACAACAACAACAAUAACAUCACCAUUAACCCGGUGGAAGAAAAUGAUGAACCUAUGACGGUGACGGUGGAGAAAUCGUGCGCCACCACAUCCACGACUGUAGACGUAGGCACCUCGACGAAGUGCAGCAGGUACGUCUGCUCCGACUGCGGAAAGAGGUACGCCACCUCGUCGAACCUCUCGCGACACAAGCAAACCCAUCGUAGCCUCGACUCUCAAUCCGCAAAGAAAUGCAUGACCUGCGGCAAGGCUUACGUAAGCAUGCCGGCAUUGGCCAUGCACAUGCUCACCCAUAAGUUAUCGCACACCUGCAGCGUGUGCGGCAAGCAAUUCUCGCGGCCUUGGCUCCUCCAGGGCCACCUCCGAUCUCACACAGGGGAAAAACCCUACCAGUGUUCGGUGUGCAAGAAAACCUUCGCCGAUCGUUCCAAUCUCCGCGCCCACAUGCAGACCCACUCACCGGAGAAGAGCCACACGUGUCAGAUCUGCAAGAAGAGUUUCACGCUAAAGUCGUACUUGAACAAGCACCAGGAGACGACCUGCAAUGGACCUCCAGCCGGACGCCCGGACAGUCCUCCUUCCUGCAAACGGAGCAUGUCCACCACCACCGACGACCUAGGCGACCCCGAUGACCCGGCCAACAUCAAGUAACCUAACAAAACCUAUCGACUUCUAAACUAAACUAAUGCUCAGCGGCAUCAAAAUAACAGAACACUCAACACAAACACACACAGCGUUCAAAAUCGUACCCAUUCAUUUCACAACAUUCACUCUGUCACAAUUACUAACUUUUGAUGCCAGAAGUAAGUCAUUUACAAAAUUCGUUAACUUCCUUCUAUUAAACUUAUAGACUAUGCAUCUGGCUAUAACCACAAAUUAAU